AUGAAGGAUAUUGGCCAUGUCGGAUACAACACCCAGAAUCAGAACACCAUGGGCCAACAUAACCAACCAAGUGCCCCUCCCAGCGGGAACCUGUACCCAACAUUGAACAGAGGUGAAACUACACCGAGACCUAACAUACAUCAACAACAAUCGGGUCAGGGUGGAGGUUAUCAGGGAGGACGCGUAGGAUCAGGAUAUCCAGGUCAAGGUGGACAACAGGGUGGUUAUCCCGGAGGAUACCCUCAACAGCAAGGUGGUUAUCCUCAACAAGGCGGAUACCCACAACAAGGCGGAUACCCACAACAAGGCGGAUAUCCACAAGGCGGAUACCCACAAGGUUAUUAUCCAGGUUACUACCCACAGGGUUAUCCACAAG